AUGGCCAACAAGCUCGCCACUUCCCUCCUCGCUGCCUGCUUCGCCGCCGCCGUCCUCCUGGCGCUCGCCGCACCUGCAGUGCUCGCCGGCGACCCCGACAUGCUCCAGGACAUCUGCGUCGCCGACUACAAAUCCCUCCAGGGCCCACUGCGGCUGAACGGAUUCCCGUGCAAGAGGCCGGAGAACGUGACGGCGAACGACUUCUUCUCCAACGUGCUGGCGACCCCGGGCAACACGGGCAACGCGGGCUCCCUCGACGUCGGCUUCGUCACCACCGCCAACCGCCUGUACGCGAGCACCGUCUGCGCCGGCGAGGUCUUCGUCUUCCCCCGGGGGCUCGUCCACUACCAGAGGAACAACGGCGGCGGCCCCGCCGCGGUCCUCUCCGCCUUCGACAGCCAGCUGCCCGGCACACAGCCCGUCGCUGAGGCCCUCUUCGGCGCGUCGCCGCCCGUGCCCACCGACGUGCUCGCCAGGAGCUUCCAGGUCGACGGAGGAGUCGUGGAGGCUAUCAAGUCCAAGAUCCCGCCCAAGUAA